AUGAAGGUUUCUUCUAAAGAAGUACCCUUAAAAAAACUUUGGAGAGCAAAUCUUGUAUUAUCUGUGUUAUUUCACAUUUGUUUAUUGGUAAUAUCAAUUACCAGCCGAAACCCCGUCUUUUUUGUACUUUGUUAUUUUGUAACAUUCUUAUCAUCUUUAAUCUUGUUCGACUGGAAGUACUUAACUCUAAUUUUGAAUAUUUUCAUUCAGGUUUUUUCAAUUGUUUCAUCACUUUAUAUUUGUUUUUCUCCUAAAAUACCUGAAAGUUCAUUUAAGGCUAGAUGGCAUAAGGAUUCUCUAAAAUGGAUGUUUCCUUUAGUUUGUUUUCAUUCUGUUUCUGUUUCCGUUACGAUUAUUUGCCUGAAGAGGAAAUAUAAUGUUAAUGAUGAGUUCCCAUUGAGUGAUGUAAUAUCGGUUUUGAAAAAUCCCGAACCAUACUUUAGAGAGUGUAAAGAGCUCAAGGAGAAACUUCUCGAGAACCAAAAAAUCGCUCAAAGAAUGAGGAUGAUAGAAAUUCGAAAGGAAGAAGAAGUGGCUAAAAAAAUUGUGGACAGUCUGUAUAGUUUCACAAAUAGGUCAAAUUUCCCCGAGCUAGAGACAAGAACAAAUAGAACUACUGGAUCCAAUAUUAUGGAUAAAUACAAGGUUGAAAGAUCCAAUUUUAAUGAAUUUUCUCAAGAUAUGGAAGUCAAAUAUAUUGGAAAUGAUGCUAAUUUUAAUUUUCAUAUUUCCAUUCCUGAAGAAAUGGAGUCUGUUGAUUCUAUUAGUUGGGUCAAUGAUACAACUAAUAGGAACUCAAAUGAAAAAUUAGAUGAAUCCAACGAUUCAAAUUAA